UAAAAACAGCAUUUAAAACGUUUAAAUAAAACUGUUGCUGCUUUAUCACAUAUAUUUAUCCAUCGUUAACGCACAAACCACCUUACAAACAGCUUACUGCACACACCCGACUAUUAACAAAGAGAACUCACUAGUACAAAAAACCGCAAGACAAAAAAAAGCCAGUGAUGAAAGAGUGACUACAGGAACCUUGUAAGGCCAAACAUCGUAACGUUCUACGUGAAUUCGGUAUUUGUAGUUCUUUCAUGGUAGAGACACCGAGAUAUUAAGUUGCUUGAACUACUAAUCCCUAUACUAUCUACGACAUUCCAACAAAACAGAGCCAACUUCCUGGAAAUAGUGUCAAAAAAGGAAGAACAGUAAAAGGGGCAGGAGACUGAAUUCGCAGCUGCUGAAAUACCUUCAAAAAAAUAACCAGUGAUGUAGACUAUGAGUGCCAACAAGAGUGCCCGCUACAACCGUUAUUCUGGUGGAUCAACAACUGCUGCAGAAAACUUAAACGGGCAGACAAGAAUGGAGACCACAUUUGGACCUGCAUAUUCUGCUGUCACCACCAUCACCAAAGUUGACACAAACGCAUUUAAACAUCGAAGGACACCAUCUUCUUCUAGUACCUUAACGUAUUCUCCCAGGGAUGAUGAUGAUGUCAUGCCACCAAUCAGCACACCUCGGAGAUCAGACUCUGCCAUUUCUGUCCGGUCACUACAUUCGGGAUCAAACAUGUCCUUACGUUCUACAUUCUCAUUACAUGAAGAAGAAGAAGAAGCAGAGCCUUUAGUAUUCGCUGAACAGCCGUCAGUGAAACUUUGUUGCCAGUUGUGCUGUAGUGUGUUUAAGGAUCCUGUUAUUACCACUUGUGGGCAUACGUUUUGCAGAAGAUGUGUAUCCCCAUCUGACAAGUGCCCAGUGGACAAUGCCAAAUUAAAUGUAGUAGUUAAUAAUAUUGCUGUGGCAGAACAAAUUGGGGAGCUGUUUAUACACUGUAAAUAUGGCUGUCGACCAACGUCUAAUGGAAAACCUGGAACAUUUGAGGUGGACCCUGAAGGAUGCCCAUUUACAAUUAAAAUGAGUUCCAGGAAAGAUCAUGAAAGCAGUUGUGACUACAGGCCAGUCCGGUGUCCUAAUAACCCCAAUUGUCCACCACUGCUGACCAUGAACCUGGAAGCUCAUCUGAAGGAGUGCGAGCACAUCAAAUGCCCACAUUCAAAAUAUGGGUGUACAUUUAUAGGUAAUCAGGAUACUUAUGAGACUCAUCUCGACAUGUGUAAAUUUGAGGGCCUGAAAGAGUUCCUGCAGCAGACAGAUGAUCGUUUUCAUGAGAUGCAGGUGGCAAUGGCGCAGAAGGAUCAGGAAAUUGCUUUCCUCCGAUCGAUGCUUGGAAAAUUGUCUGAGAAAAUAGACCAAGUGGAGAAGAAUCUUGAGCUUAAGUUCGAUGUUUUGGAUGAGAACCAAAGCAAGCUGGGUGAGGACCUUAUGGAAUUCCGAAGAGAUGCCUCCAUGCUGAAUGAUGAACUUUCGCAUAUUAAUGCCAGAUUGAACAUGGGAAUAUUAGGAUCUUAUGAUCCUCAGCAGAUAUUCAAGUGUAAGGGCACCUUUGUUGGCCACCAAGGUCCAGUGUGGUGUUUGUGUGUGUACUCCAUAGGAGAUUUGCUUUUUAGUGGCUCCUCAGACAAAACUAUCAAGGUAUGGGAUACAUGUACCACAUACAAGUGCCAGAAGACAUUAGAGGGUCAUGAUGGAAUUGUUCUAGCUCUGUGUAUCCAAGGGAACAAAUUGUACAGUGGGUCUGCAGAUUGUACAAUCAUUGUUUGGGAUAUACAAACGUUACAGAAUGUAAAUACCAUCCGAGCACAUGAUAAUCCUGUCUGCACUUUAGUGUCAUCACACAAUAUGUUAUUUAGUGGAUCUCUCAAAGCCAUAAAGGUGUGGGAUAUAAUGGGUACGGAGCUGAAACUAAAGAAAGAAUUGACUGGUCUGAAUCACUGGGUUCGAGCGCUAGUAGCUUCUCAGAACUACCUUUACAGUGGAUCUUACCAAACAAUUAAGAUUUGGGAUAUCCGAACUCAGGAGUGUGUGCAUGUGUUACAGACCUCUGGUGGGAGUGUAUACUCCAUUGCAGUAACGAAUCAUCACAUUGUGUGUGGAACCUAUGAGAACUUAAUUCAUGUCUGGGAUAUAGAAUCGAAAGAGCAGGUGCGAACGCUAACUGGCCAUGUGGGCACUGUUUAUGCCUUAGCUGUUAUCUCAACGCCUGAUCAAACCAAAGUAUUCAGUGCAUCCUAUGACAGAUCCCUCAGGGUUUGGAGUAUGGACAACAUGAUCUGCACUCAGACAUUGCUUAGACAUCAAGGAAGUGUGACUGCUCUGGCAGUUUCCAGAGGAAGACUGUUUUCCGGUGCUGUUGACAGUACUGUUAAGGUCUGGACAUGUUAAUGGAAGACUGAAUUAUUUCUUCAAGAUAAGCCAUCUCUAUGAGUUGGCAUGAAUCUCUGGUCUCUCAGAACUCAUCUGAAGCUACUAUGAAACAGCUGUUGCUGUAGUAAUGUGGGACUGCUUUCUGAGACCAAAGGCCAAAUGCCAAAUGACUCUUGUUCCCAGGGACUGACAGAAGAAGACAAAGACACUAGAUGACUCUACAGCGAGAACUUGUUGUGUUAGUAUUUUCCCAUGCAGUUUAAGCUGACAACACAAUAUGUGAUGAGAGUACAUCUGUGCAGAAGGUGACUUUUUGCAGUCACCCUUAAAAGCAAGAAAAAAAAUGUUUUUGCCUAACUGCAUUUCAAACAGAAAAAGGCAACAUGGAUAUUACUCGAUUCAAUAUACCAGCCUCAAAAUUUUAUCAAAUAGCCUAGCAGCUUGAAGACAUUAUCAAAGUGUGGGCUGCUAAGGCCUGCUUACUGCUAGGCUGCAGUUGAUCCUGUAGCCUACGUUUUGUGACGUUACUUUUAUAACUGUGCUGCUGUAUGUGCCAUUUCCAGAGCGGUUUGAAGACCGCAGGCAUAGAAAAGAUGGGAAAUGAGUACUACUUUUUUCCCCAGUAUGUGCAAAAUUAAUUCAUUACAAUAACUUCUGCAGUUUUUAUUGAAAACCUUUAAUAACUGUAAUUUCAGUUUUGAGGUAUCUUCACACAACAUAAUUAAUGUUAAGGUACGAGUUUUAACUCCAGUGUGACACAACCAUGUAAUGUUUUCCUUGAAUCAUGUAACACUGUUCAAACAUUAACACUCCAUUACUUUUCUA